UUCUCCUGACCUGCCGAGCCUCCCGCUCGGGGGGCUAGGAGGGAGGGUACGCAUUUCGGGGUAGCCAGAGAGAGUACCCAUUAAUGACCUUGUCCGGCUGCUCGGGAGGUUCAUGCCGGAGCUAUCGCUUAGAACGACUCGGGGUGUUUCUACAUCACUGAAAUUCCGAGCUGAAAUUCUCCCCUGUAUCGGUUUAAAUUUCCAUCCCAGUGUAUUUUGGCAUAUCUGAUUUUAUGCCCUUGCCUUGGGGGUAGAAGACAUACCCAGCCUACACUCCCCCGAAACAGGCUGCGCUCCUUUUUGUGCGGUGUGUCCCCUUUAGCCGCGCCUUCCUGCGCGGGGCUAAGAAUAACCGUGCGCUGGAGUGCGCUGCUCCCUGCCCGGCUGGGGCUGCACCGAGGGCAGGCACGGCGCUGGGUGCCCGGUGUGAUCCUGGCUAUCGGGCUAAGAGUUCAAGUCCGGAAGUCAAAUUUGAGAAUUUGGGUUGGGUUGCUCAUGAAGAAAUGCGGGCUGUAGACUAAUAAGAAGGACUUGAUUUAUUUGCAGUUGAAAUUUAAAAGAGACCAAAAUAAAGGAAGCAAUUAGUUUAGAAGACUUGCGUCAUUGUAGAUUGUUGCUAGUUUUACAAAUAGGAAGGAGGCUUAUUAUGAAAUGUUUAAGGUAACGAAUAUGAUCAUGAUCUCUUACUUUCCUUUGAAAAAUAUCUGGGGGAGGGAGGCAAGGACUUCGUGCAUAGACCAUUAAUUCCAGUUACAUAGGUUGUAAGGAUGUAACACGAUUCAGGAAAAUAUAGAUGAAAAAGAUCAGAAGGUUUAAGGUAUGAAAAUCUAAAGCUGAAUAAUUCUUUAGAUACACACUACCAGAAAUCUUAUAAUCCAUGUGCCAUGGCUCAGAUGUUUAGAGGAAUGACAGAGAUACCAAAAAAGGCAUCAUCAUAGCGCAAUUCUAGAAGCAGAAUUUUCUCCUUCCCUACAGAAAAGGAAAGCACAUUUCUGGAAGCAAGAAGUGACAGAUGUGGCAUCUCGGCAGCUGGCUAAACAUAAAAGCAUGUAUCAGCAGGUUUUCCCAAGUUGAGGAAGUAGCAAGGCAUUUGGUUGGUACCUGACCCCAAAACUUGUGCUCUACCUUGUGAAGAGCUGAUGUGGGAGACAUUUACUUUCACAUACUCCACAGUUCUCUGUAUCAGAAGAAUAAGACUUUAUGUGAAAGAGUGGUUCAAGAUGAUGAUGUAACUUUGCUAACAGUGAAGGUCUCCUGAGAAGAACUGUAAGAGGCUUCUUCCCUCACUUUUUUCUUUUUUUUUUUUUUUUAAACUACUGAUCUCAGAAACUACAAGCAAGAUGCCAGCCAAGACACCCAUCUACUUGAAAGCUGCUAACAAUAAGAAAGGGAAGAAAUUCAAACUAAGGGAUAUCUUAUCUCCUGAUAUGAUCAGUCCUCCACUUGGCGAUUUUCGUCAUACCAUACACAUUGGAAAAGAGGGGCAGCAUGAUGUUUUCGGAGACAUCUCAUUUUUGCAGGGCAAAUAUGAGCUAUUGCCUGGAAAUGAAGGUGAAACCAGAGUUAGCCAGUCUGGUAUCCACAACGAAUUCUUAAGAGCAAACAGCACUUCUGAAUCCAUGUUUACAGAAACUCCAUCACCAGUGCUCAAAAAUGCUAUUUCCCUUCCUGCCAUUGGGGGUUCUCAAGCCCUUACAUUGCCUUUAUUGUCACCGGUGACAUUUAAUUCAAAGCAAGAAUCCAUCAGGUCAUCCAGAAAUCCUAGACUUAGCUGUGAGCCAGUAAUAGAAGAAAAACUGCAGGAGAAAGGUAAAGAGAUGGAGGAUGAAGAAACAUACAAAGAUGACAUAUGGGAGCAAAAUGGUUCCUCUUCACAUUUUACUAACGGUAGCGACAGUCACUCAUCCAGCUUUUCUGAACGAUGCACUGAUUGGCAAACAGUUGAUUUACUGGAUGACAGCCGGCUUUCAUGUGAACUAACCAAGACAAAGUCAGAAGAAUCUCUUUCAGAUCUUGCAGGUUCUCUUCUCUCAUUACAACUUGACUUGGGGCCCUCACUUUUGGAUGAGGUCCUCAAUGUAAUGGACAAGAAUAAAUCUUAGAACUGGUACUCCAUUGUUUCUUUAUAAGUGAUUCACUUAAAAACAAACAAAAGACCACAGUUCAAAAACAGAUGCUUAAAAAUUAGCUGUAUUUGCAGUUGUAUGACGAGUUUUCUAAAAAUAUUCUUAAAAUACUAUUUUUUUACCUAUUGUUUUUCAUGACUUUUAUUACACUAAAUUCUCAUAUCAGAAAGGUAAAUUUUAAUAAUCAGUUUCAGCAAAUAUAAAGUGUUUUCAAGUACCAGUAUUAAUGAUCAGAAACUUAAGAAACAGCAUUUGAGGAUGAUAACUGAUUGUGACAUUUGGUUAGUUCACUUCUACAGGCUUCUGAAUAUGUGAGAAUCUCUUAAUGUCAGAAAGGAGACUGAUACUAAUUAUUCACUUUUAUAAAUUAUUACAGUAUCACUUUAUGUGUAGGCCUCUUUCUAGAACCUUUUGUUUGAGGGUUUUAUAGUGUUUUUCUGCAUUUUCCAUACUACCAUUUCUGUUAUAAAUUCACCAUAACUACUUUCUUGGUCUUAUACUACCGCUCUAAAUUCAGAUGUGAACAGUUUGAAGGCUUUUUCAGCUUGAAUACCUGGUCCAGAGUCCCAGCUGCUUUAAAUGAGUCUGCACAAAUUUACACAAGUUGAGGCUUGGGCCUGAUGUUGUAUAUGAAAUGUUAUGUUGUAAACAGGUGACACAUGCAAGAUAUUAUGGUUAAAUUAUUUUAAAAGUUUAAAUAUAUUUUCUGUGUGCAUAUUGGCUUUUUACUGCAGAGCCUACACAAGCAGUAUCUCAUCAAAAUAGUUGCUUGGCAUUAUUUGUGCUCCUCUGAAAAUGUAUAUUUGUGUGUUUGAAGAGAAACAUGUAUUAAUAGUCCUUGCUUUUUUCUUCAUUUAUUUCCACAACAUGCUUAAACUUGCAACUGAUUAUUUUACUUUUUGAAGAAGGCACUGGUUAUUCACAAUGCUAGUGAUGUGUGCAACAGCCAAUGUUUGCGAAAUGUGGAUCCUUCAAUACAAUACCUACAUGGAUUGCAUAAAUAUCUUGUGCAAUACAAUAAAAAAACCCUUUAAAUU